UACUGAGUGAAAACUAAAAAAAAAAAAAAGAUUGAAAUGGAAGAAACCUUGAAAAAGAAUUUGGUUUGUAUGUAAAACCAGCUACUAUCACAUACACAUGAAAAAGCAACUCCCCAACAUUUUGCUUUUCUACAAUCAGAAGUUAAUAGCAAUUUUUGUGGCACAAAAUACAAUGAAAGGAGAGAGAAGCCGCACGUGGUAACGCUAAAAGGCACCAUUUCCUUGCAUUGAUAUCAUUGCCAAUUUCCAUUCUCCUCUCUUCAUUCACUGACUUUGAUUUCAUUAGUCUUCUUUCUCGGUAGAGUGAGAGUAAAACCUCUUCUUAAUAUCCAUGUUUUACUUCCCUUUGCCUUAGGCUGAACUUUUGUGCUUUCCAAUGCUCUUUUAACAAUCAAAUGAUCCAAUAUUUUAGGGUCCAUUCUUCAUGCCAAGUUGCAACCGUGAACCAUUAGGAAUUAUAUCUUCUAUAUACUAUAUAAUGGUGGAAGAUUUUGUUAUUGGAAACAUUUUAAAGUUGAAGUUUUGAUUAGAGGGCAUAUCUCGUUUUUUGGAAUCCAAAACCCAAGUGUUUCAGAUAAAUUAUUAACAUAAAUCUCAAUGGUAGAACUGCAAUCCUGUUCAAGCUUGGUCAAUGCCUCGGCAUUGUGUGUAAUAGAGCAAGAAGUUAAGGGAGAGAGUGUCAAUGUUGUUGCUGAGAUUUCAGCUGAAUUAGAAAGAGAAAGGCAGAAGAAUUCAGAGCUUAUGAAGAGAAUAUCAAUGCUGGAAGCUCAGCUAAGAGAAAGAAACAUGGAAACUCAAGAAAGUCAUCAUCAACAUGCAGGUGCAGCAAGCUCAAAGAAAUCCAAAAGGCAAAGGAUAGAACAAGCAACUGAUGAAGAAGAGAAAAAGAAUAAUGUCAAAAGUGAAAUGGCUUCACAGUACAGACCUGGCAUUGAACCAGCAAAGUGCUUAAUCAAUGAAGCAGACUCUGAAUCUGUUGCAGAUUUCAAUGAAACAGAUAGUGAUGAUGACUGUGAUGAUAAUUAUGAUGAUGAUAGAGUUAGUCAAAGACAUGAAGAAAUUGAAGGCAUUACUGAAACUGUUAAUGAAAAAAAAGGUUACUUAGCUAGUUAUGUGAAACAAGAAGAUCAUGAAAAUCAAAAGAGAAAUCAUUCGGAGAAGAUAGAAAUCAAAUCACAAGAAGGCACAAAAAUUAGAGAGACUGAAUUUGAGGUACUUUCAUCAAGAUUCAUCAUACAUAAAUCACAGAACAAAAAACCUCAGAAGGUGGCUUUUAGCCCAAAAGAAGUUAAGAGGAUAAUAGAGUCUGAAGCCCUUUUACAAAAGAAUGCUCAGUCCCACACAAUAAGGAAAAUCAUAGUUUUUUCAUCCCUUGGCAUAAGACAUGGCUGUGAAGAUAUGUAUGAGCUGGACUUGAAGCAUUUUAGCAUUUUGAAUAAAGGAGAACCAUAUGUAUCACCAACAAACCCUGGGGAGCAUGUUUUAUAUGAGAAUCCUAGUGUUCGGAGAAAAAUCUUUUAUCCAAAUCGAGAGAACCCUGUGUUGUGUCCUGUCCAGAUACUUGAAGAAGAAAAUGCCAUGCGUCCAUGUGAUCCUAGCUGUCCUUCAUGCUUAUUCUUGUGCAUUAAGUAUGGUGGAAGGACAAGAAAUCUUCCACAAAAUGAGUAUGUGAGGCAGCGCAUGGGAAGAAACAAAUUGAAGUCAUUUGGGCCAGUUAUGUGCCGAAUGGGAAUGUUGGUUCAUAUUAGAAGUGGAAGCUUCUUCUUCAAGGCACUUGGUAUCACACUUCUGUUUAUGGCAGGAUUUCCUGAUGAUCUAGUUCAGAGAGAAACCAAAUACCACAACUUAGACUUGCUUCACAAAUAUUACAGGACUGAUGAGGAUGCUGAUGGGGAGCAGCUGUUUCUUCCAAUUCCAAUUGCAUGUGACAAUGGAAGCCAAAAUCCUGAAAACUUGACUAGAAAAACAGUUGCUGCAAAAUCCAAGGGGAGAAAGAACACUAGUGAUAUCUUCAAGCCUUAUAGUUCUCAAAAUGCCCCAUCAUAUCAUCAACAAUUAGCAGCACCAAGUCCAGCACAAACUCAAUUUGCAAUGGCAGCAUUUCAUUCUAUCCCAUUCCCAUCUCAGAUUUCCCAAGAUUCUCCUCAUCACAUGCCAAAUCCAAUUCUUGCCACUGGUAAUCACAAUUCAUAUUAUAUGCUGCCACCACAACCAGCAAGUACUAUUGUACCUGUGAUGUAUUGGCCUCCACCAAAUACAUAUCUUCAUGGACACUAUCCUUCCACAUAUGGAUACCAGUUUCUUCCUUGUGCUGCAAGUUACAUGCCAUUCCACACAACACAACCUAAUUACAAUCACCCCAGCUGCAGUUCCACCUUACCAAAGUUGUUAGAAGGUGGUGGAAAGAAUGAUUUAGCCUCCGAACAAUGUGACAGCGAUACUGAUAGCACUGAGGACCAUGAUGCAAGUGCAACUGCUUCAAUGACAUUCCACAAAUGAUUCAUUCCGUUGGAAAAAUAAUCAUUCGCAUAUGGUUGAAGUACCAUGAUGCAUAAGCUUUUCUGUGCAGCUUGUAACUCAAACCUUACUUGUCUUAUUUAUCAUCAUGGAAAUAAUUUUCAACUUUUCUCACUUUGUCCUAAUAAUCACUGACACAACCUAUAUCACACACAUACACACAUAUAUAUAGGUUGGUCAGCUCAUAACAUCUUGCAGUCAAUGGGUUGGGAUAAUUAAAAUGUUACAAUAUUUUGUGGUCCUGACCCAACAAAGAAAAUACGAAGUUAUGUAUACUUCUUAAAAAUUGAACACUAGACACAGUCAUACAGCUAUGUAAUUUAACGAAAUGAAAGUCCAUAUCUAAGUUAUUUGCAGCAAAAGGAUUUCUUUAAGUAGUAAUGUUAAUUUGAUGUUAUGAGUGGAACAGUGGAAUGUUGGGCCACCUGAACGAUGAUGGUGAUUCCAUUUUCUUGCUUGCACCGCUCUCCUAAGUCCUAAGUCACUUUCGAGUUUUGAUUAAUGCAUUUAGCAGUGGGUCCACUACACAAUCAAGGUUGGAAGAUUCUUCAUCUAUGAUGUAUCCUGUUUUGUUUGUUUUCUUUCCUUAGUUUCCUACCAACUGCCAAUAAUGUAGUUCACUCCUAACUAAAAAUAUGCAUUUAUUAUUUUAAUACUAUCACUGUAUUUUUAUGAUAGGUAUUAGGAUAAUAUUAAUCAUAAUUUAUUUUUGUUCUGUUAAAUUAAAUUAGGUAGACUUAAUUAAUACAAAAAUUGAAUGUAUAACAUUAAUACAUCAUAUUAAAUAUUUUAAGUAAAUAAUCACUGUUGAUUAUUCUACCCGCCCUUGAUUCUGGUGCAUUUAAUACUGUUAAUUAAAACUUGUUGAAUUUUAUAAACUUCAAAUAUAAGCAACAAAUUUGGAAUCUUAUGCUUCUUUUGCCCUUUUACCGGUACGUCUUUUUCUUCGUCCUUAUCCGCAGUGCUGACUGUAGCAUAUAACAAUGGAAGCUACGCUUGUAUACUACAAUAAUGAAUAAGCAUGAAAGGGAGCGAGAACUCAUAGCACAUACAUUGAACUGUGACUGCCACGCACCCAUGCCAUGCCAUGCCAUGCAUCAUCACAUACAUACACAUACACAUACACAUACACGACAGGCCCCACAUCACAUGCAUACAUUAUCAUUAUCAUCAUCAUCAUCAUCAUCAACAUAGCUAUUACCCACUAUCUUUAUUGAAUAAA